UCGCAUUUGGCAGGAACAGAAACGCAAAUCCCUGAGGAAUCCCAAGCUUCGACUUCUGCUUCCAUUUCUAAAAAUUUCUUCGUUUUUUUUCUCAACGGCGAUGGCUUCUCUCUCCGACUCUUCCAAACAAUCCCUUCUCCCUAACUUCCUUUACUCUUCGCCCACCUCUUUUGCCGUCGAUCGGCUCCUCAAUGCCAACAACCCUGCCUUCGGCGCUUCGCGCUUCACUACGCUCGAAUCUCCAGCUGCAUCAUCCUCGCCUUCGAUCAAGUCGAGGACGUUCAUGAUCCCCUCGCCGAAUGAGCCUGGGAAGAGGAUCGAGAUGUACUCGCCUCAGUUCUAUGCUGCUUGUACUUUCGGUGGUAUCCUUAGCUGUGGUCUCACUCACACGGCGGUUACUCCUCUUGACCUCGUCAAGUGUAAUAUGCAGAUUGACCCUGCAAAAUACAAGAGUAUCUCAUCUGGUUUUGGAGUCCUACUGAAAGAGCAAGGAUUUAGGGGCUUCUUCCGUGGUUGGGUUCCUACUCUUCUUGGUUAUAGUGCUCAGGGAGCUUGCAAGUUUGGAUUCUAUGAGUUUUUCAAGAAGUACUAUUCUGACCUUGCUGGACCUGAAUAUUUUGCUAAGUACAAGACCCUCAUCUAUCUUGCUGGUUCUGCAUCUGCUGAGGUGAUUGCCGAUGUUGCGCUCUGCCCUUUUGAGGCAGUCAAGGUCAGGGUUCAAACCCAGCCAGGUUUUGCUAGGGGUAUGUCAGACGGAUUUCCCAAGUUCAUCAAAUCCGAAGGUGCUGCUGGAUUGUACAAGGGUAUUGUUCCUCUUUGGGGCCGUCAGAUUCCAUAUACCAUGAUGAAGUUUGCUUCUUUUGAAACCAUUGUUGAGAUGAUCUAUAAAUAUGGUAUUCCCACACCGAAGGACCAAUGCAGCAAAUCUUUGCAGCUUGGUGUUAGUUUCGCUGGUGGUUACGUCGCUGGUGUCUUCUGUGCUAUUGUUUCUCAUCCUGCUGACAACCUUGUCUCUUUCCUCAACAAUGCCAAAGGGGCAACUGUUGGUGAUGCUGUGAAGAAGCUUGGUUUGUUGGGUCUGUUUACCCGUGGGCUUCCCCUUCGUAUUGUGAUGAUUGGAACCCUAACCGGAGCUCAGUGGGGUAUCUAUGAUGCUUUCAAAGUGUUUGUGGGACUGCCAACCACUGGUGGUGUUGCCCCUGCUGCUGGCACGCAGCCUGCGAAGGCAUAAAAAAUAGUGGAAUGUCAACUAAAUACUUUAAUAAACCCUUUUCGUAGGGAAAAAUAAAAUUAAAACAUAGGAUUGCUGGAAAUUGCAUGAAUGAGGCUCAAGCGGUUGGAAAAUAUUCGUUUUGCAUUCGGAACUUUUAUCACGCAUUUUUGUUUUGACCGAUGAUGGUUUUUGUCGGAGGAUGGUUUUGGUUUCAUCCUCUAAACAUGCGGAGACUAUUUUUUUGUAGUUAGAUCAUAUAUUCUGAAAUUCCCUUUGAAGAUC